GUAUGCUUGGCAAGUGUCCUGCCACACUGUGCUGAGUCAGGUCUCAGAGUUAGCCCAGGCUGGCCUUGAGUUUGCCAGCAGUCUUGCCUCUUCCAGGCUGUUGUCACCGUAUCUUGCUCUCCAAAGUCUGUAGAAAUGGAGGCAGUUAACUGUGGGAAGGGGUUUUCAGAUGCAAUGUUCAAGUGACCUUCCUGAAAUGGACAAGGGGGAGAAAAGGAAGUUUGGGGAGUCAAGUGACUCCAGUCCCCAGCUCACUUUUCAGUCCUGGCUGUCCUAGAACUCACUCUGUAGACCAGGCUGGCCUUGAAUUCAGAGAUCCACCUGCCUCUGCCUCCCAAGUUCUGGGAUCAAAGGUGUGUGCCACUAUGCCCAGCCAGAGUUCUUUUUAAAUAGAUGUGGUUUAGGAAUAUUCUCAAUAAAUUAUUCAAGAUAUCAGAUUAACAUCCUAACCCAACCUUGCCUCACCCCUUUCGAAAGACUGGCUUUUGUAUUUGGUCAGCUUUAGCAUGGGACUUUGAAACCCUCCCAUAGUUUGGAAGGGAGGGAAAGAGUUAAGCUAUACAUACGUGGUAACCUGGAAAUUCACUUCAGCUUCUGAGGUCUUUUCCUUUGUUUUCUUCUCAAGCCUGUGGGUUUAAGAUCUUUAGGAAGUGACAAGAAUUGCACCUGGGAAGAUGCCCUUGGGGAAGCUUAAACAAACAAGCUUAGAGAGUCAAGUGACAGAAUUGUGAAAGUCUUCCUGGCUGGGACCUCACCUGAGAAUGUGUACCUAGCUUCCGUACUCUGUGAGCAUGUGUCUGUUUUGCUCACAGCUAUACAUUAUAGUCUCAAUGCUCGGGGCCACUCCAGGCUGGAGGAUCUGUUCUAGUAGAUAGACCAUCCAUCUGGACCGCCCGCUGUUUAAGAUACUGAGUCAUGAAGGCUGUGGCCACCGUUUUUAUCUGUGGGAGCCUGGUAUUGAUAACCUACCUGCCUUUGGUGGUGACGUCACCUCAAACACUGGCCAUCCCUGAGAAGCUACGACAAGCUGUGGGGAGAGUCGUCGUCAACGCCACAGCAUGCAGUGUUACCUGCGGCCUCGGCUACAAGGAAGAGACGACCUGUGAGGUGGGUCCCGAUGGAGUGAGGAGGGACUGCAGAUCCCAGCGUUUGGAGUGUCUGACCAACUGGAUCUGCGGAAUGCUUCAUUUCACCAUUAUCCAGAGGCAGCAGUUCGAGCUGAACUGUCUCAGCUCAGACAUCCUGAGGAAAGGGCAGGAGGCUUUCCGCUUCACCUGGAAGCUCGCUCGGGGCAUCAUCUCUACUAACGACGAGCUCUUUAAACCCUUCCGAGCCAACUCCCCCUUUCUACGAUUCAAACCGGCCUACGAGUCUGACUCUGGGACGUAUCGAUGUGAUGUGCAGCAGCUAAAGAACUUGAAAUUUGUCAAGAGGCUCUAUUUUGGCCUGAGGGUCCUUCCUCCGAAGUUGGUAAACCUAAAUUUCGAACAGUCCCUUACAGAGGAUCAGAAGUUGGCAGAGGAGGGCUGGGAAGUUCAUCUCGACAACCAGACUCAGCCUCACCUCCCAGGGUGGCGAAAGAAAGUGUCAUUGGCCUUGGGUGUAGGGAUCACCGCUGGAGUGGUCGGCGGUGUGUUGGUGAACGUUGCUCUCUGCAGGGUCCUGGGAGGGACCGGUGGCAAUGGGAGCCUCAGCAGCUUAUAACUCCUGCCUUCCUCCAGGAAGCUGAGCUAGCUUGUAUGUGAGUGUCCCGUGCCUCUGAUGGUGAAGUGGCAAGAGAGGGCUCUCAGCCAGAGUUGGCUAGGAGGCUUGGAGGAUGCAACCUCAUGAUAGCUCAGGGCAGCAUCCACCAUUGUAGUCCGGUUUCCUCCAUAACAGGUGCUCAGGAGCCCCCUGCAGGCUUUGCUUCUGCUCCUAGGGAGAGUUCUGUCUUCCACGGUUUUUAUGCCUCGCCUCCUGUGUGUGUGCUGUGUGUGUGUGUGUGUG